GCGUCCCUGAAGAUCAUGAUGGCGUAUAUGAACCCGGGGCCUCACUAUUCUGUCAAUGCCUUGGCCCUGAGUGGCCCCAGUGUGGACCUGAUGCACCAGGCUGUUCCCUACCCAAGUGCCCCCAGGAAGCAGAGGCGGGAGCGGACCACCUUCACACGCAGCCAGCUGGAGGAACUGGAGGCCCUGUUUGCCAAGACACAGUACCCCGAUGUGUACGCCCGCGAGGAGGUGGCGCUCAAGAUCAACCUGCCCGAGUCCAGGGUUCAGGUCUGGUUCAAGAACCGCAGAGCAAAGUGCAGGCAGCAGCGGCAGCAGCAGAAACAGCAGCAGCAACCUCCAGGGGCACAGGCAAAGGCUCGUCCUGUGAAGAGGAAGGCAGGCACAUCCCCUCGUCCCUCCACAGAUGUCUGUCCAGACCCUCUGGGUAUCUCAGAUUCCUACAGCCCUCCUCUGCCUGGAUCAUCAGGCUCCCCGACCACUGCAGUAGGCACUGUGUCCAUUUGGAGUCCGGCCUUAGAUUCCCCUUUGCCUGAGGCCCAGAGGGCUGGGCUAGUGGCCUCUGGGCCCUCUCUCACCUCAGCCCCCUAUGCCAUGACCUACGCCCCAGCCUCUGCUUUCUGCUCCUCCCCCUCAGCCUAUGCGUCUCCAAGCUCCUAUUUUAAUGGGCUGGAUCCCUACCUUUCUCCCAUGGUGCCCCAGUUGGGGGGUCCAGCUCUUAGCCCCCUCUCAGGCCCCUCCGUGGGACCGUCCUUGGCCCAGUCCCCCACCUCUCUGUCAGGUCAGAGCUACAGCGCCUACAGCCCUGUGGACAGUUUAGAAUUCAAGGAUCCCACGGGCGCCUGGAAAUUCACCUACAACGCCAUGGACGCUCUGGACUACAAAGAUCAGAGUGCCUGGAAGUUCCAGAUCUUGUAG